UUCAUCUCGCGAGAUAGUGACGUCACACUCCCGUAUAUAAGCGCGGUGACGCUGCACGUAAUCUCUAUGGGGGAGUGAUGAGUUAGGAUGUUGUGCUUAAGUGUGACAGAAAUAGAAGUUGCUAGUAAUAUGCGAACAUGAGUGGAGGACUAGCGCCUAGUAAAAGCACAGUGUAUGUGUCAAAUCUUCCCUUUUCGCUAACCAAUAAUGACUUACACCGGAUUUUUUCAAAGUAUGGAAAAGUAGUCAAGGUCACAAUACUGAAGGACAAAGAUUCUCGGAGGAGCAAAGGGGUAGCAUUUGUUUUAUUUCUAGAUAAGGAAUCUUCACAGAACUGUGUUAGAGGCUUAAACAAUAAACAAUUGUUUGGUAGAGCAAUUAAAGCAAGCAUUGCUAUAGACAAUGGCAGAGCAACAGAAUUCAUCCGGAGGCGAAAUUACACUGAUAAAUCCAGAUGUUAUGAGUGUGGGGAUACUGGGCACCUAAGUUAUGCAUGUCCCAAAAAUAUGCUAGGUGAACGGGAACCACCUCAAAAAAAAGAGAAAAAGAAAAGAAAAAAGAUUGUUGAAGCGGAAGUUUUUGAAGAGGAUGAAAGUGAAGAUGAAGGAGAAGACCCAGCUCUGGAUAGCCUUAGCCAGGCCAUAGCUUUUCAGCAAGCAAGAAUUGAGGAAGAGAAAAACAAAUACAGACAUGAUGCAGCUGAAGCUUCUACAUCAGAAGAUUCAAGACGUCCUAGAAUAAAGAAAAGUACUUAUUUUAGUGAUGAGGAAGAGCUCAGCGACUGAACACUGACUUUAUUGCACUAGAUCGGUGAAAAGUACAAGUAGUCCUUUUGUUGAAUGUUACAGACUGAAUCUGUUUACUUUGAUCUUUGACAGAAUACAGUGAAUGUCUGUCCGGCCAGUGGAAUAGGCUAAUGAUCUUAGGAAGGUAUAGAAAUCACCAAACCUUUACCUAUAUUUACUAAGAAGCCUCUACACUUUUCAAUAUCCGUAUAAAAAUUCAGCUGUUCAAUUCCACUAGAUAAAAGGAACCCAAAGUAACAAAAUGUCUUUAGCUAGGUUUGUACAUAUUAGAAUUUGUUACUUGCAGGAACUGAAUUUGUAAAAAAAAAAAAACAUUUUUUUUUACUCAAAACAUGAAUGGGGGAGAAAAAAAGCUAAGUAGCAUUUAUAAAGUCAUCACCUAAGGUAAUAAUCCCAGACAGAGGACCACUUACAGCUCUUCUCAUUCCUGUUAGAUGGAAGAAAGUUGCAGCAAUCCCAUGUGUUAAUACUUCUUAAAACUGAUGAUAAUGAAGCCUCGUUCCAUCAAUCCAUUAUAUGCCCUUUCAGGGCUGCCACUUUUACAGUUUUAAUUUGCAAUAUGUCUGAUUUGUAUUCAAUCAGUGUUUUAUGGUGUGCUGGCAGAUAAUUUGAUAUUCUAUAGAACAAGCCAAUAUCGUUGUAGUGAUUUGUGCAUAACAUUUUUUAAGGGGUACUAUAACCUUUACAUAUUUGUUUUUCUUAAAAUAGAAGUAAACUGAAGUAUAAAACUUUG